CUCUCUCAACACUGACAGCAACAGUUUAACAGCCUUGAACACCUUGGACUUCAGCUGCCAGUCUCACAGUUCCUAAUGAGAGUGCUGUUCUCUCCAGAAAAAGAACUGGCUUCAAAUCAGUAUUUCAGGAACUUCUUACUUGGUUUAGAAGGAAACCUGGAAAACUUAAAAUAUCAAUAAAUUUAAAUGAAAACAGAGAAAGCUUAACCUAAUAACUGAAGAAGAAAGAUGAGCCUUAUCAAAGAGCGUAAGCCUAAAAAGCCUCAUUAUAUUCCAAGGCCUCCAGGAAAACCAUUUAAAUACAAGUGUUUUCAAUGCCCAUUUACUUGCAAUGAAAAAUCACACCUUUUCAAUCACAUGAAGUAUGGGCUCUGCAAAAACUCAAUUACUUUAGUGUCUGAACAGGAUCGCAAUCAAAGCAUUAAAUGUUCAAAAUCUAGUUCCUUGGAACCAAAGCAGAUCAAUCAGGCAGACCCUGCUGCCAAACCAACUUCCAGCAAAGCUCUCUUAAAUCUGGACUCUAAGCCUCAAUAUGCUUUUGCCAAAGAUGAUGCCAAAGAAAACAUGGACAUUCAAAACCAAGCAACUGGUAAAUCAGUAAAUGGGCAAAAAACAUUGAUUCAGAAAGAAUUAAUUCCUGUUAGUAAUGAAGCAGCAAGUACAACCAAUGUGCAGCCCAGUCUUGAGGGCAUUGUGAGACCCUCUGCUUUUGUGCCUGUAGGAGAGCAUCGACACAGUAAAGACAGUAAUAUCUCUCAGCUGACAUCUCUUUCUGAUUCAAACAAAAGCUCUCCCUUCCACACAAAGUCAGCAUUUCAUGCUCCAAACCAUGCAUGGAAAGGUUCAAACCUUAUCACAUCAGAUUUUACUCAUAAAAUUCCACCUGCAAAAGGUUUUGCUGCCAUUCCAUCUUAUAUGCAGCCUAUUAUUCCAGAGUAUCCACCUUCAUUGUAUGAGCAUGGAUUGGCUAUCUAUGCACCUUACUUCCUUCCAGGUAACUCUCAUGAGUGUGAAAGUUCAAUCCUCUCUGUCUAUGGCUCUCAAGAUCAAAGACAUUUUCUUCCUCACUCUGGACCCCUCCCUAAACCAAUAAAUCCAGCAACUUAUGAACACUACAGAUUAUUUCAGCAGUAUCAUCCCAAUCCCCCAGUACCAUAUGGAUUUUGUAGGCCAACAGAAUCAUCAUUUUACAAGCUUCCACAUGUUGCAAAUAUCAAUAGAGAUCCAAGUUCUCAUUUAAUGGAGGAAACAACCUUGCUGUACCCAGUUUCUCCAAGCCCCACCAGGUUACAUCUGUUGAAUUCUCAUAAAAAACCAACUGAUUAUGAAAAAGAAGUUCCUUUGCUGCAAACCAAAAGCCAUUCCAAAGAAGACCAAAAUGAACGAGAAAAUGUCAAAAUGAGCCCUCGUGCUGGAAGUGCAGCAACAGGGUCACCUGGAAGACCCAGUCCAACAAACUUCACUCAAACAAGCCAAGAUUGUGAAGGACUGUUUGAUCUUUCCAACAAGUCAGUUUCCAUUAGUAUUAGCAAGUAUGAUCAACCUCAACCAGAAGGAAGUUUCACAGCAUUCAGACCUGUGAAGAAAAGUACUGACCAAUCCACUCAGCCUUUGUCAGAUGACAAGAGAGAAAACACACCCAGAAGUGGUAACGUCAGUAGUGAAAAUGAAAAUCUAGAACAUUCAAGUGAUGGUAAUGAGGAUGCCCUGUCCAAUUCUGAUGACGACACAGGAAUAGCACCACUUAAUCUUUCUAAGAAGCCAGAUGCAAUCAGUGUUCAAGAGCAUAUGUUCAAAAGCAGUCUCCACAUGGAAACCCAGAAUUUUGAAGAACUGCAAGAAAUGCCUCUAAAUCUCUCUGUAAAAGACAGCUGUAACAUAAAAUCAGCACAACAGAACUCACUGUGUAUAGUUGAAAACCAGGAACCUCUAAAAACGGAAAAUGAAAGACUGGCCACUGAGGUGUGCAGCCUUAGAAAUCACAUGGACAAGGGUUCCUGCAAUAAUCCUCUCAUUGUGAUGCAAGGGAAAGAAGUUCAGGAAAUCAGGACAAUUGACAACUGUGAUGAGCAGAAACAAACUGCAGCUGUCGCUCUCUGUCAGUUAGCUGCCUACAGUCCUAAUAAAGUCCAAAUUGAAAGUUCAGAAAAAAGUAAUCAUGAGAGCAAUUCUCAAUAUACAGAAAUUACUCCUGAAUCUUCGACUACCCAGGACAAUCACUGCAGUCAAAAAGCAAAAGGACAGAAAAGGACCAGUCAAAGAGAAGGAGCAAAACUGCAGCAAGGUGCAAAAAAAGUAAGAACAAAUGACUGCAGUAGAGUGUUUACUCUGAGAAAAAGAAACAGAGUAUCAUAAUAUUUCACUUUCUAAUACACUAUUAAGCAGCUUCCAACUGCACUAUAAGAUCAGAACACCAGCUUUUCUGGCAUUGAUUGUUAUUUUUCAAUGUGGCUGAUUUGUUUGAUCAAUCCAAAAUAUAACGUGCAAUUAUAAACUGUCCUUAAUUUUGUAUUUAUAUUGUAAAAAAAUCCAGAUAUCCUGAGUAUAACCUGGUUUUUCUGUUUGUACAUUUAAAUGUAAAACAAAGUUAAUUUUGUGUCUUUUAAGUGCACUAUGGUGGAUGACUCGUAUCUGCUUUUAUAACCCAAAAAUGUAACCUUUAGAAAAAAUUAUCUUAUUCAUGACAUAUUAGUAUCAUAAUAUGUCUGUGACUUAUUCCAGACAUGCCUCUUUUUAUGAAGUUGUUAUUCAGUAAGGUUGUUGAUUCCUCUAUUAUUUAACUAAGUAUGAAAAUUUUAUAUGUUUUUCAACAGCUGUGCUCUGAAAGACAAUAUGCUUUGAUACCUGGGAUGGGGAGAACUUGUAUGAAUUCUGGCUAAUAUUCCCAUUUGCAUCAAUUUUAUAUGAAGUCAAAUGGUAGAAACAUUCUGCAAAUCUUCUUUAUGACUUAAGCAUGACUCUUUUUAUUCAAAAGCAGCUAAGAUGGACAAAUAUGAAACUGUUUUAACCCUACAAUUUUAAACACUGUCGCAAGCUGAAAAGGUACUACAAUAGUGUAAUCGGUAGCACUGUAUACAGCAGCAGUGGCAAAGCAAUUUAUCAGUUUAGCAAGACUUAGGACAAGAACUCAAUAACCAUUUACAGUGGUAGGAUUCCACUGUUGACAAUACAACACUGUCAAUGAAGAGCCAUCUAAAUGUGGCUCAACUGUCUUUGUGCAUUCUUCACAAAGGGAUUAUUUAAAGCACACUUUAACAAGUUUUAUUUAAAGUCUUGGGGUUUGUAUUUUCAAAGGAGUUCCAAAUGUUGGAGACUGGGAACAACGCUCCCAUACAAAUGCUCUCUUGCUUGCUGGACAACAUCUUUGGAAUCAGGCACCUAGACCGUUAUUUAUUUUAUUCCCUUUCAAGAAACAGAACUACUGGUGAAGAUUUUAUUGCUAUUGUGGGCAUCCAUAUGAAUUUUAAAGCACUAAACAGUGGCAUGCUACUUUUUUCCUUUGGCAAACUUGCUGAAAACAAUUUUCAUUUAGCAAUAAAUGCUUUGUCUUAUACUUGCAAAAUAGUCAUUACAGUAUAAAUAAAAGUGUUUACAUUGCUUUUGUCUUCCUAUGUGUCUUGCAAAGAAAAAUAAAAU